AUCGUAGAGUUUGCACUGCCACCACCAUCAUUUUCAGUCUACCAGACCCGCUAUUACCUAGGAGUUAAAGCACGCGGUAUUUGGCCAUACUCGGGUAGGACUAUAACAAAAAACGGAUUUGUAUGUAUGGCACGUGAAUCUUCCACUUGCUAAUCGAAAUGUACAUCGAUGUACAACAUUUCGUGUGUAUAUAACGAUGAGGUGCCUUUUCGCCAUCUGCGUCAGGCGGUUGAAUAACGUUAAACAAAGGAACAAUUCAAGACAGGCUCACGAACUUCCACAACGCCUCCGCUUCACAUCUACGUAUCACUUCGCUAUGACUACAAAAUUCGCGGGCAAUCUAUCAGACCCUCCCCAUCAAUCGUUCCCUUUCCACAGCCCUUUCCACAUCAUCUGCUUUUGAUCUAAAACAAAUACAAUCAGCUGGGAAAAUCGGUCUGCGGCCAACUACCAAACAAUGCGUCCGGCAUAACUGAGCUGAUCUAAAUUGUGUUCCAUUGACAAUUUAGCCUUUCUACAAAAUAUCUUUAAAGCGAAGCACAACGUUGAAUAGCCGUCUUUGAAAAGCGUACUGUGAAUCUACAGAAAUGCACAGGAGAGGAAAAACAGCGUUUGUGACUGUUGGAACGACAAGGUUCGACGAAUUAGUUGCAGAGGUGACAAAAAAGGAGACGUUAGAUCUUCUGCAGACAGUGGGCUACGAAAAUGUUACUGUACAGUUUGGAUCGGGAGUGAUUCCAAAAGUAAAACAACCAGGUGUACUUUGUUUUGACUAUAAGAACGACAUUAGCAAGGAGAUGAGAUCAGCCGACCUUAUUAUAUGCCACGCUGGGGCAGGAAGCGUUCUCGAAGCAGUGCGGUGCCGCAAGGCAAAGGUCAUUGUGGUAAUCAACGAAAUUCUUUUAGAUAACCAUCAGUGGGAGCUUGCGAAGGCAAUGCACGAUGGAGGAUAUUUGCUUUGCGUAACAGUUCCACGUUUGCAAGAGGCCAUUACGCGAGUUCGGGAUGAAGUGUUUGUACCAUUUCCUGACCAAGACACCAGCAGAUUUCCUGAGUUACUCAAUAAUAUUCUCGGAUGGAAAUGAUUUUAGGUGCGAUACUUAACUAAAUUAAAUUAUUAUUAAACGGUCCGGAGAUUAAAUUGUAGAAAACCGUAUAUAGAACACGGGAGAAAAAAAGAGCGUAUAAAGUUGAUCAAGAUUUUCAGAUUUGUUUACUUUUAAUGAUUCCGAUAAGAAUAAUGGUUUGAGCCACAAAUGUAACCUGGCCGGUGAGUAUUUCUGCAGUUUUUAUCGGUAAAAAAUUAUUAUUAAUAGUUAGACGCAACCUACUUUUGUUUGUAUACAUAUGAAUAAUGAAAGAUAAUAAAGAAAAUAUGUGUGUGAUCUUUCAAAAUUUACAGAAAGUGGCGAUGUAUACCAUGAUUAAUCACGAUGUUGAUAUAUGAAGUGCUUAGAUUUGAGAUUUCAUUAUUCGAUUAAUUUUUUUUUUGUAAAAUAUUGCAUUUUGAAAUGUAAAAAGCCCGUUUACUUUUCAGUUAUGAUCAAGAGAACUAUCAAAGAAUUAUGAAGUCUAGCAUUUAUGCCAUAAAAAAUCAUCAUACUGUCUUUCAGUGUUAGAGAACGUAUCAAAGGUAUUAAUUUAGCUAUUUUUGGCGACUAAGCGAACUUAGUGUAACGAAAUUUUUAUAUUUUAAGGACGAAAACGCAUCUCUAUGGACAUGAUGGAUUUAGCUUCAUUAGUUGUAUACUUGGCCAUCGCUGUUCUUUCUACAAAAGAUCUACGCAUCCCUCUUUUAGCAUUGCUUUAAAGAGCUUUUGGAGUACGGGGCUUAAUGUGAGAAACUUGGAAAGAAAUGGUUACUAUAAUUAUAUAAUUUCCAUGUGCUAGGAUAUCUAUUGGAAAACCAAAGCGUAGCUAAGCCUAUCCUCAAACCUAAGCUACCUCUGUAUCUCUAAGGUUCAUAGGUAAAUACGUUAUCAAAGGCGACAAUGAAGGUCCUAAAAAUUGGUUAGUUAUGGUCUUGGCUACAUUUUUAUUGGCAAAGCAAAUAAAUUCGAUACAAGGUAAAUUCAAAUAUAAGCUGUCUGAGUUUCAAUUUUUAGAUGUUCUUUAUUUGCAAAGCAAGCGCACGAUAAGAGCUGGUCUAUUCGGAUUCGUAGAUUCCAUACAGAAAUUCGUGGUAGCCGCGUUUCAGGACCUAUACAUCACAAGUAUGCCCUUUAACAUAAUAUUAUCAAGAUAUUAUUACUCCUCGUGUUAAAUGCGUUAUUAAGAAAAGUGUUGUCGCGUAGUGAGACUAAUAAAAGCAUGGUAUCCUAACGGUCGUGUGUUGAUUUUGUAAUAUGUUUUUUAUGCUAAGUGAUAUAGUCAUAUUCAGCGCUUACAGAUACAAAGCUUGCUUAGCCAUCUUGCAUAACAUGUAAAAACUGAACGUGUAGUGUGGUAUAACGUGCACCUCUGAGUAGACAUACAACACACAAUCUUCCAUAUUAGGGGCUGUACAUUGUUUCUUUUUUUAUUUGAUUCCCAUUAUGGCGUAUUCCUUGAAAGCAAAUGCGCUUUCUAGAUUAUUCAAUAAUAGUAGUAUUUACAGCUCAUUGAUUAAGUGGGUGACCUUAAAGGUAAGUGUAUCUUUGAUUGACAUGGGGAUGCUGAGCGAUAACGAUUUUCAUGUUGAUCCAUUGUUGUUUCGUUUGGCCAGCUGUUAUGAAAAGGUCAAGCAAGGCAAAGUGAUAUGUUGCCGGUCUUCAAAGCUGCAAGUGUUCAACUCAGUGCAUUGCUCAUCUGAUAUGCCUCUAUUCAUUCGGAACUUCUGAAAGGGCGUUCCUGGCAGUUUCUCCGACACAUGCUAUAAAUAGACUAUUUUUAGUAGCAGCCCCUUCCGGAUGUGACUAUGAUAAGAGACAACGGAAGUUCUCUCGGAGCUCGCUCCGUUACGUACAAAACUAGUUGUGCUGGAGGUUGUGGACAAGCAACCACGGUAUACUGAUACUUUUUGGUAAAGCAGUGUCUGCAUCUAAUGACGCUGUGUUCUAAACUACGAAGGAUUUUAUCCUACUUUACGUGGAAUUCAUCUAUAAAAACGAAUGUCCCCUUGAAAGGUUUUUGUAUUGUUUUCACACACUUUUGGUUUAAGGGACUGAGAAUUAAAAUGAUAUUAUUAAACGAUAUAAUUUGCAAAUAAUUUUAUGAAUGUACCCUUCUGGCAAUAGUUUAAAUGUUUUUCAUCUCAUACGUCUGAUACUUAAACCGUUGGUCACUACGUUAGGUAGCCGCUUUCCGGCACGAAACAAACUUCGUAGGCGCACCUAGACCACCAAGUAUGAUUCAUGUCUUCAUGUAAUGGUUUGCUAGAUCAUAUCAAGACUAGAUAGUUACUGUUUAUGAAAUGCGUAAGAUAACAUGAAUAUAGGAGUAGUAAGUCUAUCUGUAAAGUAAAUCUAUUCUGAACAACGCGAUUUCAAAGUCCUUUCUUUGGAAGAUUUACUAUGAAUUUGCAUUUAUUAGGUUCAUAGAAUCUGUUACUGAGUUAAUAUCUUUGAUAUACUUACUGUUCGAAUAAUAGUAUACCAUAGGCUUACGUAAAGAGCAUAUGAGGUUUUGUACAGAAAGCAGCAGGGAUUGCUUUUUUCGGGAACAGGAUAGAGUUCAGGGUUUACUGAUAACGUAUUGGACCGUCUGAGCAUGCCAUCACCUGGCGUAUUUAAUCCACAAUUGGCUUUUUCCUCUAUAAAUAAAUGUUGUUAAAUCUGACCUAAAAAACAAGUUGAACACUAAGAAGGAAAUGAUUACCGUCAGCAACUUUACUUUGAGGUUACUGAAAGGCCUCUACGGGGCAAAUCAAAGCGAGCUUCAACGGUGGGCGAGAAAAUUUUUGCACGAAGUUUCGCUAAUACAUUACAUAACCUUCCCUGCUACGUUUUAAGGCAGUCUGUUUACAGAAUACAUUGAAAAAGCUCUGUAUAUCGACGAAAUUGUUCUAAAAAGCUGCCACCAUUCAUAUUUUUUGCAGUUUAUAUUUCUAGGCCCGCCCGUAGCGACGCAGCUCAUCUCGAUUUGCGUUAAUUUGGCAAAUAGAUGUGUCUCUUGUACGUUAUUUUCGUUGCGUGAUUUUAUAAUAAAAUUUUUUUAAGUCUUCUAGGUAAAAAAAAAAGUAUAUUUUUCUAUAUGCUUUGUCAUAUCCCUUCACGAAUCAGCGUUGCAUCCCACAUGCAAUUUGCAUGCGGCGAUAUAAGGGCAGGACAGACACGCUAUUAACAAACAACAAAUCUUUAUCUUUAAGCCAAAAAAUACUACCUAUCUCGAUUUUGUGUUGCUUAGGUCCUAUCUUUAACACUGUGUUUAUGUACGCAGUAAUGUUAAACUCUUUGUUACUUUGUGUGUAUUGCUGAUUUUGUGUUCGACUUAUCUAAUAAAGGGCGAAAGCCAAAAUUGCACUGCUUGAUCUUGAAAUUCCGAAGAUAUCCACUCCAUUGCGAUUUCGGAACUCGUGAAGGGCUUUGCGACUGAUUUCGAUUGGUUCCUCCUCCGUUUAUAACGUUACUCCGCUUUUAUGUGGAAACGAAGUGCACUACUUUGGCUUCGUCCUGCAAUUACUAUUAUACGCGUUAAUCAGGGAUUAUGAAUGAGCAGAUGUCUAAAUCUGCUGUCCAGUUCCAGUGACGUGUACAAUCAGUACAGAUGUGUACAGAUGUAAAGGGCAUACGCGAAAAAGGUAUUUAGACUUUGCAUAUAGCUGGCCAGCUUCCCAAAUAAAUGUUUCAAAAUUUCCCAAUUGCAAUUAUUAUAUUAUAAUUAUAUAGGGCUCUGCUGGCUGGCGGAUUCAGGUUGGAGCAAAGCUAGCUUGGAACUGGUAAAAGCCAGUGUGCGUAACUGUCUCAAGCUUAUUGCAGAUUGUUGUGACUGUUUUGUGUUACAAAGUUCUUUCUGCUUCCAGUGGCACUGAUUCUUGUCGAUGCGAAUUCUCAUAUUAAUAAGUCUGUGGAUCUACAUCUGUUUAUAUUUUCUACCGGAAACGCCUAUCAUUGCACGUAAUUUUUUCUUAGAUUGUUUACUUUCUAGUGCCUUCAAAACAGCAGUCGUUUGGUUCUCCUAAUCAUCCUUCGAACACACUCAGAUAUGUCCCUCCAAAACGCAUUUUUUAGAUUUCUAUUCUAUUUUGUUUCUUUUUUAAACUAAGACCUUUGAAAAACCAUCUUCAAACUUAUGGCAAGUAUACAUAGAGAUACAACGCUAGAUAUGAGUGAUCGAUUUUUAAGCUGAAACGAAAGUUAUUGCUUAUUAUAUAUAUCCUUAUACUUUUGUUAUACACAGAAAAGUUGCUUCGCAUAUAUAUUUAUUAUUCAGGGUGCUAUACUGGGUAUAAUUUAUUAUAGUUCCUUUUUUAGGUGGUUUUACGGAUCCGAAUAAUUCCUCGAGUUUCCUGAUCUUACGGCAUAUUCCAAAAUGCAAUAUUUAUAUCUAAGCAAUACGUGUUUCGAUUUUGAUGAUUGCAGGCAAAUUCAGAAUUAGCUUAAAUGUUAUCAGAAUAUGGCCGCCUAUAGCUAACUUUCUUUUCUUUCAGCUGUAUAUCGUGGUAUAAUUUAUAAAACUAAUAAACAUAGCGCUAGUUAGGUUAUUCCGUUUUCUAUAGUAAUUCUUUGUGUUCCUUGUGGUCUAUUACAAACACAAUGGACAUUGCAUUUAGUAAAACCUUAUGUCGUUAUGAAACGAUGCUAACAAACAAGUGAAUUCACAUCAUGGAACUAUCUACUUCUUUUUUAAUUAAAUAGGUUUUUAGAAAAAAUUAUCAGCAAUUGCGCAAUACCGAUGCAGUGCAUGCUAUUAUCCGGAUAUAUAGGCCCGAUCUGCCGAUAAACUAGGUCUUCUCAUGCAGGUUGGCCGCCAUGAUUUUUAUAGUAGACAAAGCUUGCUUUUUCUUACAAACGAAUGUCGUACAUACGAUUACCUAUGUAUAGCCAUUUUCGUCCAAGAAAUUCGGCGGGAACCCUUGCAAUUUUUUUGUCUCUUUGAGCCUUAGAUUCGUGUUAAGCGAAUUCCUCUCGCUCAUUGCUUGCCCACAUGGAUAUUAUCAGACUUACCUUCAAUGAAACACAACGAGCUGCUACUCGCCGCGUGAUAAAUUCAAGCAUUAUUAGCAAUACAGCAAUGGUCGCUUUAUGUAACGCCAGAAGCGUUAAUAAUAGCAAAGUUGAUCUUUACGAGUGCUGGAACGGCGCAAUGUUCUAUAAGAUUUGCAAAGACUUGGAUAAUCUUUGCAGCGUUUAUAAAAUUAAAAGCUUUGCAAGACCAAGUAUUGAUAACUGUCCAACAGUUAUUUAAUUGAAGCGUCUAUUCGCGCACACCGGCUACAUCAGAGUAACGCACAAUAAUAACAACUCACGGAAGUACGAGCGUAUUUUGCGAUAAGUUAAUAAUAUUCAAAUACACAUAUUAUGUAUUACGCCAUAAUCCAAACCUCCGCACGAAAAUACCUGUUGUCUAUGCCUUCUUGUUACAUCAGAUUAAAACUAGUAAUAAAUACGCAAUGUGUUACUCGAAUUCUGACUCUACCAGGAUAAAAAUCCGUUGUCAAUGAAUAUAAGCAAUUCAGUAUGUAACAUAUAUAUGCUCUCUAAACUAGUACUUAAACUAGAAGCCUAGCCUCUUAGAACUAGAAGUCUCUUAGAGCCACUUGGAACGUAACCCAAAUGGGAACACGCAAUUGAAGAACCGAUAUAUCUCAUACACGAUAGCUUCUCAAAUAAUCUUACGUAAAUGGUUCACAUAAAAACACGUUUGAAAUCGAAGACGACGCAGUUUUAUACUUGGCGCCCGUUAUUCAAGCGGCGAACGGAGGUGAAAACUUCCGCCUGCCUACAAACGGCAGUUUGUCAUGAAUCGCUUCAUAAUUGUAAUACCGCUACAAUCCAUAAUUCAACUAAAGCUGAGAGACGUGUUUUUUUGUUUACAUAAGCUGUUUAGAAGAUCAUACAAUUGUACAGGCGACAAUACAGAAAUCAAUGGAUUUUCAGCCAUCAUUUGUGUUUAAACAAGCCUGUAACGAAGUCGUGCUACUUCUUCAGGAAUAUUCUUAUAAAUAAGUCUUUUUUUUUUUUAAUCAUCGCUAUGACAUAUUGGUUCAAGGUAAAAUAUACAUAGAAGUGGUGGCGGUAGAAAACAGCAUUUUAGACGUUUAUUUAA